AUGAAGAAAACAUGGUGGAUCUGUAUUUCUGCCACAGUCAUUGUAGCUUUACUCCCUGUUAGCUGGCAAAUGAUCCUGAAGGAUUCAACGGAUGAGUCUAGGUGGCAGCAGUCUUACAACAUGAAAAGUGCCCACAGCUUUACUUCUGACAUCAAACGCCAUUCUGAAGGGACUUUUACCAGCGAUUUUACUGAACAUUUGGACAACAUGAAGGCCAGAGAUUUUGUGCAUUGGCUCAUCAAUGCCAAACGUUACAGUUCUACAAAGCGGUUCAUUAAAGAAAAACCCAUUUUCUUAGGCUAUCCACCUGGCUCUUUCUGGUUGAGGUACAAUUAAAAGGAUAAUAUAGGAAUUGGACGUUCCCAUCUGCACAUCCAGCAAUGAGAACUUUUGCUGAUAUUCUGAUGCU